UGUGUGUGUGAUUGCUGCAGUAAAAGAAGCAAAAAAGAGAGGCACGUGGUUUGGUUCUCAGAGGGUGGAUUCCACUGGUCUUACUUCAGUUCCUUUUGCAGGAAGAGCUCAGAAUCACAACAAGGAAACUAAUCCCAAAGAUGAGCCUCGCAUGUCAAAUCUUCCUUCUGAUUUUCAUCUUUUCCAUCCAAGGUGCAGCUCCUGCAAAUGAUGGUAUCGUCUGGGGUACCCUGGGUCAGGACAUCAACCUGGACAUUCCUGGUUUUCAAGUGAUUAAUAUAGAUGAUAUACACUGGGAAAAAGGCAAAAAGAAGGUGGCGAGGUUCCAAAUUAGCAACAAGCCUAAGAAUCCAGAUGAAAAAUAUAAUGUGUCAAUGAAUGGAACUCUAAAAAUUAAACAUCUGAUGCUAGAAGACAGCGAUACCUACAAGGUAGUUAUAUACGAUAAGGAUGGAAAGAAUGCGUUGGAAAAAACAUUUGAGCUGAAGAUUCAAGAGAAGGUCUCAAUGCCUAACAUCGACUGGAAUUGUAUCAACAAAACCCUGGUCUGUAAGAUAUCAAAUGGAACAGACGCUGAAUUAAAACUGUACGUAAAUGGGACCAGUAUCAAGCCUGUUUCUUCGAAGUUCAGCACAUACAGGUUUAUAAACAAGAAGAAGAUAUUAGUCAACUGCACGGCAGAAAACAAAGUCAGCAAGGAAAGCGACGUGAAGAUGAUCACUUGUUCAGAGAAGGGUCUGGACCUGUAUUUCAUUAUUGGUGUAUGUGGAGGAAGCACCAUCUUCGUCAUCUUCAUGGUGCUACUCAUUUUCUACAUCAACAAGAGGAAAAAACAGAACAGUAGGAGGAAUGAUGAAGAGCUGGAGAUAAAAGCAUGCAGAGUAACCACCAAGAAAAGGGGCCCGAAGCCCUGCCAGGUGCCAGGCUCGACUCCUCAAAGUCCUGCUGCGUCCCAGCCUCCUCCACCGCCCAGUCAUCGGCCCCAGGCCCCGGGUCAUCGGCCACCUCCUCCUGGCCACCGGGCCCAGCACAACCAGCAGAGGAAGGCCCCCCCUCCACCAGCCACACAAGUUUAUCAGCAGAAAGGCCCUCCCCUCCCCAGGCCUCGAGUUCAACCCAAAGCUCCCCGUGGGGCCACAGGAAACUCAUAACUCUGUCUCCUGACCUGGGUGUCCCCUUCCUCUAAUUAAAAGCGAUAGAAAUCGUCCUUUCCCAUAAAGGCACCGUGGAAUUUCUCCGCUGGGAGGGGGAGCACCUACACUUCCAUCAGGCGUGUUCUGCGGUAGGAUGACCACCCCUGGGCUCGCAGGCCAUGCCGUGUUGGCAUCUCCUAGCUCACCUGCAUGCUCUAACACCUGGAGCUGCUGCUCCUUGUCACGCCCAGAAGGGCUGGCAAUACAAGUGCCACCAUCAGGAGGAUGGGCCACCGACCACCAAGUCCUCGCCUCCCCUUCAGAUCCCGUGCAGACGUGAGGCGUCCUGCAGCACCAGGACCUCGCUGCAAGCCGUCUGCCUGCUCAAGACGCCCUUGGGUUUCUUAUGUAUCUGGUGGACGCUUGCCCACCAUCUUGGACGUAGAAGGGAAAUAAAAGCUUUCAUUUGACCUCAGUGUCUGCUCAUUGUAGAAAGAAGCCCAGCAUCAAGCUGCUGGAUAAGAAGGAGGCCGGGUGUGUGUGACAGCAGGAUCCAGUUUGGUCACCCCAGUUCACCCGGACCGCCUAAUCCCCCCCGCCGAGGACAACCAGAACGUGCUCCCCAGGUCUCAGCUGCAAAGCUGGCCCGAUAGGCUAUUUGUAGACUUGUCUGAUGGAUUGAAACCUCUGUGUGCAAAGUAUAAGGAGGGGCACCGGCAAACGUACUUGUUUGGGUCUCGCUUCCUUGACUGUUUAGACACGGGCACAAGGAUCUGUAGAAUCAUCCCUGAAAAGAAAGGAAUCCGUGAAUACUGGCGGUGACACGAGCCUACCAAACACCACCAAAAGGCAGGCCAAGAGCCAGGUCGGUGGAAUCAAAUCCCGAGGGUCUUAAAUGGCCAUUGGGGAAAGAGCAUACCCCAUCCCCAGCGAGCUGCCACAUGCUAACUGCACUGGGGGAAGUGGGAGGAAAAGAAAACCAAAACAGUUUUCAGUUAAGGUUUACAAUGAUAGGCGGUGAGAAGGCACCUGCUUUGAAAUGCUGGUGCCAUUUUUGUGGUCCCAUCUGCCCCCCUUCUCCUGGCUUCUUCGACUUGCUAAACCUUGUCAAGAUCUGGCAGGAAGCUCUGAGGUCUAAACCACAAAGUCUAUGUAUAUUCAGGGCUUCCUGUGAGAGCGCACCGAGGGGGGAGCCGCUCUUGCCUCUGAACCUCAGUGUCUGUGUGUUAACACCCAGAGCCGAUUAUUAAGGAUGAUGAUGGAUGAACCCCCACAGCCUCCUGAAAUUCAGACACGAAAUCCAACCAAGUAACGGUUUUCGCGGGAUCUACCUGGUGGGAGAAAUGAAGGUCUUAGCGCUGGCCCAUUCUCCUCCCUCAUGGCCGUCCUGAGUGAUUCCAUCAGCCAUCCUGCCAGCAUGGCCCAUUCCCAAUCCCUUCAUGAAGACUUCCCUUGCCUUUCUAGCCUCCAGCCCCGCCUUGCUGCUGAAAUCCGGUGGCAUUACAUGUGGUAAAGAACGUACAUCGUUCACGCAUUCAACAAAUAUUGACCGAACGUCUCCGUACCAGGCUCUGUGCUGGGUGGUAGGAACACAGAGAGGUACGACUGCAUCUUUGCCUAGACUCAGCUUACAGUCUAGAGAGGGGAGGACAAAUGUAACACAGCUUGGUAAGUGGAGGUCAGAGGCAAGUAUAAGAGCCCCGAGGAAGGACUCUGCAUCCACACUGAGUGCAGGAACUGAGGUGACAUGGAAGGCUUCCUGGAGGAAGUGGCAUUUGAAUUGAGUCAUAAUAAAUCAGUAGCACUGAUGAAAUAGAUGUGCAGAAUUACUUGUGCAGGGGGAACGGCAUGAGCAAGGUUCACGUCAGUUACCUGUUUAUACAGGUAUAUUAUUCCCUUUUCAACUACUGUGUUUCAUCAAUUUGAAGAUACCAUGGAUUCUAAGAGGCUUCAUCAUUUUACAUACCAUAAGAAAGAAAAAAAACUCUCUAUUGCAUCGUAACAAAUGCUAAGAUACAAUCAACUUUUAGGCGCAACUCCAUUUCCGGGAUAUUAAAAUGCAAAAAAAAAAAAAAAA